UACAGCUUAUUUUCUUUCGAUUAGCGAGUUGUUGCAGUGCUAGAGUUUGGUAACGUUACCGUCUUUCAGUGUUAGGACGACCAGGCUCGAUGUAUUCUCUGAGAGCAGACCAACAUAAUGCUAAUAAUUACAUUUAACGUUACUAUGCUCCUGAGGCUGAAUGUAACAGGGUUUUCCUGCGUUAUGAUUUUUUUCCCAGCCGAUAAGCAAGUGAUAUUGCAAGCGAGGUGCCGGAACAAAUCGUAUGAUGUUUAUCUAGGCUAACGCUCAACACUUUAAAAGCUAACGUUACGUUAACUUUCAGAGGUGGAGGUCUUGAGUUACGUUACUACACUCUAAAUAAAGAAAAUUAAGUUACAUGACAUUGACUUCGAGUCUUGAGAACGAAUAUUCUAAAGUCUCGAACCGCAUGCCUUGAUAAUGACUUGUUUUUUGGGGGUUUAAACAUUUUACCUGUUUUUAGUUUAUAAUUUUCCAGCUGGGCUGGUUGUGAUAAAAGGCAGUGUAACAGGAUGAAAAGGCAGGGAGAUAUUCAGUAUUUUUCUGCAUAGAAAAAGCCAUGCCAGCCAGUGAGGGAGAGUCCGCGUGAUGGUUUAACGUUACACACAGUGAGUUCAGAGCCUGCCUGCUCAACAGGAGACCUCUUGGUUCAGGAAGAUUUGAGCAUGAAUCAGAACAGCCCUGUACACCCAGCUGUCUCUAGGGAUGAAACAGAUGAGAGUGAAAGUGAUGUGAAAGAGAUGGAUACUUGUCACCCACCUUCAGAAGUGUAAUCUGAGCUUCCACUUACUUCUGAUACUGCUCUUACUGGACCUGAUGACAGAAGAAGAAUGGAGAAGUGAUCAUCUCUGCUUGGUUGAAUGAAGUUGGAGAAAACCUUUUUCAAGUUAACCCUGUUAAAGUCUCUGACAACAAAAGUCAUAACUGAUCCCUGUGUCCAAUUAUUUUAAGACAACAGAAGUAUUUUACAAAUAUUACUAAAGUACAGAAUUGUAGGCCGUUAUUGUGUCAUGACUCAGUCGAUGAGAAAAGAGGAAAUGAGAAACACAGGAAGAGUUACAAAUGUUCUCAUGAAGAACUAUAAGUAGAUGAUGAGAAGAGACUCAGUAAGAGAAACACAACAUGACUGAGAAGAGUGAUAUAUGUCUGCUGGGACUGAUCCUUCUCUCUUCACUAUUCACAGGUGUGAGUGAAGCAGAAGUGACUCAUGUGUUCAUCAGUUCUGGUGAAAGUGUGUCUCUGUCCUGUAAUGAUGCUCUUCAUCAAUGCUCCUCAACUACAUGGAUCUACAGUAAUUAUACAAGAUCAUCUGAAGUAGAAGUGUUUACUGGAGGAAUAAAUAAGAAUAACACAGAGAGAUCUGAGAGACUGAGUCUGACAUCUGACUGCUCUCUCAACAUCUAUAAAACAACACAACAUGAUGGUGGAGUUUACACAUGCAGACAAUAUGUGAAUGGACAUCAUCAUGAACCUGAUUCACGUGUUAAUCUACAUGUUCUUCAUGUGUCUUCAUCAUCAUCAUCACAGACUGAGAUAAGAGCAAACACAUCUCUCACUUUCUCCUGUCAGCUGUUUACAUAUGACUGUGAUUAUGAGUUCAGUUAUUAUGGAUACCAGCUGUUGUGGAUGAAUCAGACUGAUGUUGAUCUACAGACAGACUCCAGAUAUCAGAUUAGAUCAGAUAAACUCUGUCUCAUCUCUCUGACUACAACACUCGUGAAUGAAGACGACAACACAGAGUUGAGAUGUGUGCUCAAACACAAGAAUGACAUCAAGACCUCAGUCACAUAUACUGUCAGAUUUACAGAUUCAAACAAGAUUCUAGUGACCACCACAAACCCUGAGAGAUUCUCAACUCUUAACACACCAGAAACUACACAACAACAAGGUACAUUAUCGGCGUUUGUGUGU